CUCAUGUAUGCAAAAGCCAAUUGCUUCAUCAACGCUUAUCUGUAACGUAUUAAAAUUUACUUGCUGUUGUCCCCGACCAACACCAUUAAAAUUUUUGCUUAGCUUAGGUGUGCCUAGCUAGGUGCUUCAUAUCCACUGUUUGAUAGCCAAAGUAAAUAUUGACAUAAUCAUUCGAGUUUCCCCUAAUUCAUUCACUCACCCUCUACCUUGGUUUCCAGAUUCUAUCACUUUCUCUUUCUCAGCUGUGCAAUAUAAUUAUACUGAAAUCCAACACUUGAAUGCCCCUCUCAGGGAAACCGGAAACAUCAGCAUGACAACGCUGCACUUGUACUUUUUCCACACUAUUAGACCCUCUCUCUCCUUCCUUUUGUCUCUCUUACUUUACUUCUCUAACACUGCGUUUGCAUAUAUUGGAGUUUUGUUAUUUGCUCUCUCUUCCCCUUUGUCCAUCUAUUUAUACCUGUUUUUUGAAACCCUUUUUCUCAACCCAAAACCAAUACCCAGGGUUUGCAGUAGUACUGCGAGUCAAAUCUUAGGGAUCUGUUUGUUUGUUUGUUUGUUUUGUAAUGUCUCCAGCAGCCUCCUCUAGGUGGUGUCCAACACCAGAACAGCUUAUGAUCUUAGAAGAGAUGUAUAGAAGUGGGAUUAGAACCCCAAAUGCCUCUCAAAUCCAACUAAUCACUUCUAACCUCUCCGCCUAUGGCAAGAUUGAAGGAAAGAAUGUUUUUUAUUGGUUUCAAAACCAUAAGGCAAGAGAAAGACAGAAGCUUAGAAGGAAACUUACCAAGCAACUACAGCUACAACAACAACUUUAUCAUCAUCAGUAUCAGCAUCAGCUUCAACAAAACCUUCCUAACCACCAUUUUCUUCACUACUUUGAUUCUCCUGCCGCCUCUCCUGCUUUUCAACAUCUUUCAUACUAUAACUCAGCCAGUCUUUUUCCCCAGGCAGGGAUUCAUGAGGAUGCAGCAGCAAAGCAAGUGAUGAACUACACGUGGAAGUUUGACAUCCCAGAAAGAGUGGACAUGGAUAAGGCCAUGAUGAGAAUGAACGGCAGUGAUUGGUUAGUGAUGGUUGAUAUGGGUCCCCCUUUAUCACCACCAUACUACUCAACCACCAGGUCCAGGCCACCCCUUAAAACCCUUGAACUUUUCCCAGUCACAGCCACAAAUCUCAAGGAAGAGUGCAACAACUCUCCCAAGCCUCUCUCUUGUAUCAGCAAUAACGCCACACCUGCUAACCCCCUAACCUUCCCUUAAC